AUAUGUAUAAAAAAAAGAAGUAGGGAAAAAAGAAACAAUAAUAUAAUAAAUAUAUUAUUAAAACAUAAGAAAGACACUAUCAACUUUAAUCGUUGCGCGCGAAAUUUGAUUAACGCAAUCGGACGAAUCAAUUAUAAUGCCUUUAACGAUCAAACGUCGCUAAGUUAAAUAUCGAGUUAGUUGAACGUAGAAAUAUCAAAACUAAAAAAUAAAAAUACAAAUAUGUCGAAUGCAACGUAUAACGAACUUUGGAAAGAGACUCAAAAUACUUUAGAUGAAUUAAUACGAGCUGAUUCGUCUGUGCAAGGUUCAAAACCACAAAAGGAUCGAAAGAAGGCACAUCAAGUUGUCUCGGAAUUGUACGUAAAGUACAUCAUUGUUUGUAACAAGUUAGAAGAGUGUUACGAUCAAAUAAUACAACCACAGAAACGUAUUUUACUUAAGAAAUUAUUGAACUCAGUUAUAGGAAGAGUUUUAGAAUUGAAACAUGAAUUGGUAAAUGUUGAUCUUUCUGAACACAGUUAUUAUGAUGACAUAUUAAUAAAAUAUGGCAUUACUCCAGAAGAUGUAGAAAUUCGAAUACCGAGAUAUUUUAAUAGAGAACGUCGAAAAGAAAUAAAUAAUAGACGAGAAUUUAUAGAAAAUACCUUAAGAAAUUUGGGUUUUCUCGAUGAAGUUAUUGUAUCCAAAACAAUGAGUGAAUUGGAAGCUGUAAAAUUGAUUCAGGCUCACGAAAGAGCAAGACAAGGACGAGUAAGAUUCCAGUUUAUGAAGGAAAUACGACAAAUGAAAGAAAAAUCAACGGCUAAACAAGAAACAGAGGAAAUCGAAAAGGAAGAUAUUGAAGCUGCUGCAAUAAAGAUUCAAAAAGUUUGGAGGGGUUAUAGGACUCGAUGUUGGAUCCGGAAAAGACGAUUAGAUGAAAUGUUAUUAAUAGGUAUGCUUCCACCGAAUCAAAUAAAGAUGGAAAAUAUUCGGCAAACAGAAAAAAUUAUGCAUUAUCGUCAUGAAAAACAGGCAAAGUUUCAAGAAAUCUAUGAAAAAUUGAUAAAUGAAACAACAGAAAGAAUUCGCAAAGAAAGGAGUGCCGUAAUGGAAGAGAAUAUGAGAAGUGAAAUUCGAAACUGGAUAAACGAUUACUUUCAACAAACUGGAAAAAUUCCAGAUUUACCAUCUGUUGAAAGUGGAGGUUCCCGAUUUAUCUUCAGUAGACAGGGAACAGAAAGUACGAUUAGUAAAUCAACUGGAGUGUCCUCGAAGGAAUCAAGAAAAUCGAAGAAGUCAAAAACGAAGAAGAGCAGCGAGCCAGAAAAGUCGGAAGAUGAAACAGAGCAGAGUUAUUUCAAAUCGAUGCCUUCUAAUUUUCUUCCAGAAUUGAUUAAUUUACAGGAGGAGUAUCAAAAAAUAUGGAAGAACAAAGAUGAGUCUAUGAAUCCUAUGCAAGAACCUUAUAAAGAUAUGAUUGAAAUUGAUAAGACUCGAGAAAUUGAAGAUGAAGUUAGAAUUGGAGUGGAUCAAACAUUGAGAGAUGAUAUAGAAGCUCUUCAAGCAGCUUUGGACAGAGAUAAAGGUAUUAAAAGUAAACGUGGUAAGAAAACGCAAAAACGGAUUCGUCGUAGUGGAAAAAAGAAUAAAAAGAAAAAAGAAAAGGAUUUGACACCAGAUAGAACAACAGAAUCCCUUUUCGAAGAACUUCUCACUCAAGGUAUUAUUAAACUGUAUCGAGAAACUCCAUUAGCUGAUUUUAAGGUCGAGAGAUCUUAUGCCAAUUAUGAACUUCUUCAGAAUGAUAAAAAUAUUUUACCAACGUUAGGUGACAUCAGACAAUUAAUCAGCGAAUAUUGCAUCCUUCCUUUAGGCAAUAGUAUACUCAGAGAACUAACACCUCUUGUAAGAUCAGUUCUAAUAGCAGGUCCUCGUGGAAGUGGCAAAAAAAUGUUGAUUAACGCAAUUUGUACAGAAUUAGGUGCUACGCUUUUCGAUAUUACACCUGCCAAUAUCGUUGGAAAAUAUCCUGGGAAAACUGGAUUGAUUAUGUUAAUGCAUUUGAUAUCCAAGGUAUCACGAUUAUUGCAACCGUCAAUCAUUUUUAUGGAUGGAGCUGAAAAACCAUUCGUAAAAAAACCACCUAAAACUGAUAAAACUGAUCCAAAACGUCUCAAGAAAGAUUUACCAAAAUUGAUCAAGGGUAUCACUAAUGAGGAUAAAGUCAUAUUAAUUGGAACAACCAAUUCUCCUUGGGAUGCAGAUCAAAAAUUAUUGUAUCAAACCUAUGAUAAAAUUAUAUACGUUCCUAGACCAGAUUAUGGCAGUAUGUCACUUGUCUGGAGAAAUUUAUUAUACAAGUAUCCUGGAAUUAGUAGACAAUUUGAUAUAUCAGCAAUGACAAAAAUCUGUGAUGGAUUUACAAUUGGUGCGAUAUUAGCCGCCAUUAAUGAGGUAAUGACGACGAAACGAAUGGUACAAUUGAGAACACAGCCGUUAAUACCUGCAGAAUUAAUUAAUGCAAUUAGUACAAAAAAUCCUAUUUAUCGUGAAGAAGAGGACGCAUUUUUAUCAUGGUUUUUGAAAACGCCGACUUGUCGAAGGAAACAAAGAGCUUUGGAAUUGGAACAACAAAGAAUCGAGGAAGCAAAUGAAGCUAUAAAAAAGAAAGGGAAAAUGAACGAAAACAAAACGAAUGAAUGAAAA